AUGAUUGUGGGGACAGUCCUCCUCCAGUCCAGCAGCUAUGGCAGAGAGGGAAAGCUGCUCUGCUGCCUCGGCGAGGAAGCUCCCGAGCCUGGUGUGUGCUUCGCAGAGGCUCUGCACCGCCCCUACGGCUGCGAUGUGGAGCCGCAGGCCCUGAACGAAGCCAUCAGGUGGAGCUCCAAGGAGAACCUGCUCGGAGCCACCGAGAGCGACCCCAAUCUCUUCGUUGCACUUUACGAUUUUGUAGCAAGCGGUGACAACACACUCAGCAUCACCAAAGGUGAGAAGUUGCGAGUCCUGGGUUACAACCAGAACGGAGAAUGGAGCGAGGUACGUUCGAAGAAUGGGCAGGGCUGGGUACCAAGCAACUACAUCACUCCAGUGAACAGCCUGGAGAAGCAUUCCUGGUACCACGGGCCGGUGUCCCGCAGUGCAGCUGAGUACCUGCUGAGCAGCCUCAUCAACGGCAGCUUCCUGGUCCGGGAGAGCGAGAGCAGCCCAGGGCAGCUCUCCAUCUCGCUCAGGUACGAAGGACGUGUUUACCACUACAGGAUCAAUACCACCUCAGAUGGCAAGGUGUAUGUGACAGCAGAAAGCCGUUUCAGCACUCUGGCAGAGCUCGUGCACCAUCACUCAACAGUAGCAGAUGGCCUGGUGACAACUCUGCACUACCCAGCACCCAAGUGCAAUAAGCCCACUGUGUAUGGAGUGUCCCCCAUCCAUGACAAGUGGGAGAUGGAGAGGACAGAUAUCACCAUGAAGCACAAGCUCGGGGGAGGGCAGUACGGCGAGGUGUACGUGGGUGUCUGGAAGAAAUACAAUCUCACAGUUGCUGUGAAAACAUUAAAGGAAGAUACCAUGGAGGUGGAGGAGUUUUUGAAAGAAGCUGCUGUGAUGAAGGAGAUCAAGCAUCCAAAUCUGGUGCAGUUGUUAGGUGUGUGUACCCUGGAGCCACCCUUCUACAUUGUGACAGAGUACAUGCCCUAUGGGAACCUGCUGGACUACUUACGGGAGUGCAACCGGGAGGAAGUCAGUGCUGUCGUGCUGCUCUACAUGGCCACUCAGAUCUCCUCUGCCAUGGAGUACCUGGAGAAGAAGAACUUCAUCCACAGGGACCUGGCAGCACGGAACUGCUUGGUUGGAGAAAAUCAUGUGGUGAAAGUGGCUGACUUUGGUUUAAGUCGACUGAUGACUGGUGAUACCUACACAGCUCAUGCUGGAGCCAAGUUCCCAAUCAAAUGGACAGCUCCUGAGAGCCUGGCCUAUAACACCUUUUCCAUCAAGUCAGAUGUGUGGGCCUUUGGGGUGCUUCUGUGGGAAAUUGCUACCUAUGGGAUGUCACCAUACCCAGGCAUUGACCUCUCUCAGGUGUAUGAUCUGCUGGAAAAGGGCUAUCGGAUGGAACAGCCAGAGGGAUGCCCUCCCAAGGUGUAUGAGCUGAUGAGGGCAUGCUGGAAGUGGAACCCACCAGACAGACCUUCCUUUGCUGAGACCCACCAGGCUUUUGAAACCAUGUUCCACGACUCGAGCAUCUCGGAGGAGGUAGCAGAGGAGCUUGGAAGAACAGCCUCCUCCUCCUCCAUAGUCCCUUACCUGCCCCGGUUACCCAUGCUUCCCUCCAAGACAAGAACACUGAAGAAACAGGCAGAGAACAAGGAGAACAUUGAAGGAGCACAGGAUACUGUGGAGCACUCAGCUUCCAGCUCAGCACCAGGGUUCAUCCGAAGCACACAGCCCGCGAGCGGCUCUCCCGCGCUGCCCCGCAAGCAGAGGGACAAAUCACCCAGCAGCCUGCUGGAGGAUGCCAAAGAGACCACGUUCACCAGGGACAGGAAAGGUGGCUUCUUCAGCUCCUUCAUGAAGAAGAGGAAUGCUCCCACGCCCCCCAAGCGCAGCAGUUCCUUCCGGGAGAUGGAGAACCAGCCCCACAAGAAGUACGAGCUGACGGGUAACUUUUCCUCUGUUGCUUCCUUGCAGCACGUGGAUGGGUUCUCCUUUGCUCCCACGCAGCAGGACUCCAGCCUGGUGCCCCCCAAGUGCUAUGGAGGGAGCUUUGUGCAGAGGACCUUCUACAAUGACGAUGGCACAGGUGGCAGCAGUGCUGGGGGCGUGAGCACCGGUGGUGGGUGGUCAGGCAUCACCGGCUUCUUCACCCCACGCCUGAUUAAAAAGACGCUGGGUUUGCGAGCAGGAAAACCCACUGGCAAUGAAGAAGCUUCAAAGCCUUUUCCAAGGUCAAACUCUACAUCUUCCAUGUCCUCAGGGCUUCCGGAGCAGGAUAGGAUGGCAAUGACCCUUCCCAGAAAUUCCCAGAGGUCAAAAAUUCAGCUGGAACGGACAGUGUCCACCUCCUCUCAGCCCGAUGAGAGCACGGGGAGGGGCAGUGACCUGCUUCCCAAGAGGUUUGAAGAAGGCCCUGCUUUGACCAGAGAGAGACCAAAAGCAAAACUCUUGCCAAGGGGAGCCACAGCGCUCCCUUUCCGAACUCCCUCCGCGUCGGAAGAAAAGGAGGGUCCGGGGCUAGUAGCGGCUCCUAAGGGCAAGGAAAAAAACAGUGGCCCACGACAAGGGGCCCUUGAGGAUGGCGAGAGGCCAGGGUGGUCAUCUCCAGUAAAGGCUGCAGCAAUACUUCCAACCACUCACAACCACAAAGUGCCAGUCCUAAUCUCACCCACUCUCAAACACACUCCAGCAGAUGUGCAGCUCAUUGGCACAGACUCUCAGGGUAAUAAAUUUAAGCUCUUAUCUGAGCAUCAGGUCACUUCUUCCGGCGACAGGGACCGGCCCAGACGGGUAAAACCAAAGUGUGCUCCACCUCCACCACCAGUGAUGAGGCUCCUCCAGCAGCCAGCUGCCUGCCCUGACGCGGCGGAAGAGCCGAGCGGCGCGGCCGGAGCGCAGCACGGACUGGAAUCCGGCGAAGGGAGUAAGAAGGCGGCAGCAGCACCUGUUGGUGGAAAAUCCGGGAGGCCUGUGAUGCCUCCACCUCAAGUGCCUCUGUCAUCGUCUUCCACCUCCCCAGUGAAAAUGGCCAACGGCACGGCGGGUGCGAAAGUAGCUCUGAGAAAGACCAAACAGGCAGCUGAGAAAAUCUCCGCGGACAAGAUCAGCAAGGAAGCCCUGCUGGAGUGUGCAGAUCUGCUCUCGAGUGCCAUCGCCGAGCCCACCCCCAACAGCCAGCUGGUGGACACGGGGCACCAGCUGCUGGAUUACUGCUCAGGCUACGUGGACUGCAUCCCGCACACGCGCAACAAAUUCGCCUUCCGGGAGGCCGUGAGCAAACUGGAACUCAGCCUGCAGGAGCUGCAGGUGUCCUCCACGGCUGCUGGUGUCCCUGGGGCAAACCCCGUCCUUAAUAACUUAUUGUCAUGUGUCCAAGAAAUCAGCGACGUGGUGCAAAGGUAG